CGCGUCCACUCACUUCGGUUCAACCGAUCCAACCAGCCAACAGCCCCUCGGUCCUAGCCAUUGGCUUCCCUUCUAAACUCGAUAUACACCAGACAAAGACUCUCAUCAAAACAAACAUGUUCGACCUUCCCGACGCGAAACGCGUGCGCCGUGACGAACUCCUCUCCAGGAACUCCACCUCCCCUUCAUCCUCCCCACCCCCCGAAUCCGCCCCAGACGCCCAACAACGCCUCGGUAAACUCCUCAACCUCGACUCCCUCCUCGCCCCCGCGUACCCGCCCACCACCACCACCACCGAACCCUCGACCGAGAUCCCCGAUGACGAGGAACAAGAGUUCGAAUUCCGGCUAUUCAGCGCGCCUGCCGCUACCGCAAAGCCCGCAGACGGGAAGACCCAAACGGACGGCGAUGCCGAGGCCACCACAGCGCAGAAACUCCGGAUCCGGGUCCGGUCUCCCUCGCCCGGCGCGGUGGGAGUGGAGGAUGGACGCCUGGUGAAUCCGUUCCGUGGAUGGGGGCACUAUUUCUCUGCGCCGGGGUUGAUGGCCGGGAACAAGGGAGAUGCCGCGGGGGAGGAAGAGGAGAGGUUACGGGAAAAGCGAAGGCAGUUUGAGGACGUGGCUGUUUCUGGGGGGGAUAUGUUGGGGUUUGCGCAGGUUCCGUGGCCUGGUUGCUACUUGCCGUGGAAGGUUGUUACCCUGAAGACCGAGAAGAAGAAAAAGUCUAAGAUGGCUAAGGGGACUGAGGCUGGAUCUGGCGGAGAUGGCGAUGGCGAUGCAGCUGUGGUCUGCGUUGUCGACCCCCCGGAGAGAGUGCCCUUGUCGCGCAAGAAGCCUGGGAAGAAGCGUCGUGUUAUACUGCGCAAGCGCAUCACGACGGCGGAGGCGGCGAAGAAGAAAGCAGAGGAGGCCAAGGUGCUGGAUGCGGAGAAGCGCAACCGGAAGAACCGCGAGAGGAAGAUCAAGCGCAGACAGAAGGCGAGGGAGUUGAAGGCCGCCGCCGCCGCCGCUUCUGGUUCGGGUGCCCCGCCUGUUGAGAUGGAUGAAGAUGCAUCAUCGGAUGGGGGCAGUGAUUGAGGGGUCUACGUGUGUGGAUGUGUGGGUGUGUGUUCUUACGGCUUGGUUUCAGCAUCUGAUACCCAGGUCGAUUGAUAUCGGAUCAUUAAUUUGAUGGGUAUUAUGCAAAUGGAUAUCAACAUCAACGACGACAACAUCAACAUCAACAACAAAACAAAAUGAAACCAGAGCAGUCUAUGCGGGGUAUGAGAGAUGAUGCAAGAUAGGGAAAUUUUGCCGCAUUAAGGAGUGGACGAUGCAUGCGUGCACAUGCAUUGGAUAAUGGCAUCAGCUGGAUGUCCAGGGACGCG